AUGAUGAAAAAGAAAGGAGAAAUAGAUCUAGGGCUUGGUCUUCCUCGCGCCAGCGCCGUAAAUAGAUCUACGGCUUGGCCUUCCUCACGCCGGCCCCGUCACCAUCCUCGUCGUGAGACAACCGACGGUCAUGACAAAGUCCCUUUCCCAAAAGACAGGAAAAUCCCAUAUGGCGAAAUUUCUCAAUUUUCUAAGCGGUCAAAGCAGAUGCCACGAGAAGGGAGUGAAAAAGUUGUGUAUAUGGGUAAAGUAGGGGUAAAGUUGGCUGUGGGAUGUGCGGUGGCGGCGUGCGUGGUGGCGUCGGUGAUGGUGGGACGUAGAGUGAGGAGGAAAAGGGCGUGGAGGAGGGUGGUGAGGGUGCUGGAGGAGUUUGAGGAGGGUUGUGCUACUCCGGUGGGGCGGCUGCGCCAGGUUGUCGACGCCAUGGCGGUGGAGAUGCACGCCGGCCUCGUCUCCGAAGGAGGUUCGAAGCUCAAGAUGCUCCUCACUUUCGUUCAUAACCUCCCCAGUGGGAGUGAAAAAGGAACUUACUAUGCUCUAGAUCUUGGUGGUACAAACUUUCGGAUUCUGCGAGUUCAGUUAGGAGGCCAAAGGUCUGCUAUUAUUGGACAUGAUGUGGAUAGACAACCUAUUCCCCUGCAUCUGAUGACAGGCACUAGUGAGGAGCUCUUUGAUUUUAUUGCAUCAUCACUGAAGGAAUUUGUCGAAAGGGAGGAAAGUGUUUCAGAACAUUCGAAAAGUGAGAGAAGGGAACUUGGCUUUACUUUUUCAUUUCCAGUGAAACAAACUUCUUCGUCGUCGGGCAUUCUGAUUAAAUGGACAAAAGGGUUUGUCAUUGAAGACAUGGUUGGAAGAGACGUUUCUGAGUGUCUACAGCAAGCAAUAUCUAGAAAUGGCCUGGAUAUGCAGGUUAAUGCACUUAUAAAUGAUACUGUGGGAACCUUGGCUCUUGGUCAUUAUCACGAUGAAGACACGGUUGUUGCUGUGAUUAUUGGGACAGGCACCAAUGCUUGUUAUUUGGAGCGGGCAGAUGCAAUUAUUAAGUGUCAAGGUCUUCUUACAACGCCGGGAGACAUGGUAGUCAACAUGGAAUGGGGAAAUUUUUGGUCAUCUCAUUUACCCCGAACAUCAUAUGAUAUUGACUUGGAUGCUGAUAGCCCAAAUCCAAAUGAUCAGGGUUUUGAAAAAAUGAUAUCAGGGAUGUAUCUGGGUGACAUUGUGCGUAGAGUAAUUCUUCGGAUGUCGGAGGAGCUGGGUGUUUUUGGACCAGUAUCUUCUAAGUUGCAUGUCCCUUUCAUCUUGAGGACACCUUUGAUGGCUGCUAUGCACGAGGAUGAUACCCCUGAUUUGAGGGAGGUGGCCAGAAUUUUAAGAGACACCUUGGAGUUCCCCGACAUUCCUUUAAAUGUUCGGAAGCUCGUUGUGAAGGUAUGCGAUGUGGUGACCCGCAGAGCAGCUAGAUUGGCAGCUGCGGGUAUUAUAGGAAUAUUGAAAAAGAUUGGUCGGGAUGGUAGUGGUGGCAUAGCUAGGGGGAAAAAUGAAGCUGCAAGCCGGAGUAAGAUGAGACGAACUGUGGUGGCAGUCGAGGGGGGUUUGUAUACGAACUAUACAUUGUUCAGGGAAUAUCUGAAUGAAGCAAUGUCACAAAUACUAGGCGAGGAGAUUGCACCUAGUGUCAUCAUCAAGGUUAUGGAAGAUGGAUCAGGCAUUGGAGCAGCUCUCCUAGCUGCAUCUCAUUCCACCUCCAGUGUGGAUACCAUACAGAUACCAUACAUGUAA